UUAGGCUGUUGACUGCUUUCACUACUUUCUGUAUAAUCACAGCUCUGCAAAAGAGCUUUCUUUUCAAUUUGGGUUUCUCUCUUCUUCUUUCUCUGAAUCGUCGCAAAACUCCACAAUGCGAGUUUUCCCCAACCCGUCCAUGGCGAUUCUCUCUGUUUUCCUCUCGAUCCUUCUCCUCACUCUCCCUCUUCCUUCAAGCCAAGAUCUCAACGCGGAUAGAGCCGCACUUUUAUCUCUCCGUUCCGCCGUCGGCGGCCGCACAUUCCGUUGGGACAUAAGGCAAACCUCGCCGUGCAACUGGGCCGGUGUCAAAUGCGAGAAUAAUCAAGUCACCGCCCUCCGUCUCCCCGGCGUUUCUCUCACCGGAAAGAUCCCGGAGGGUAUUUUCGGUAACUUAACUCGGCUCCGUACACUUAGCCUCCGUCUCAACGCUCUCACUGGCUCCCUCCCUUUGGAUCUCAGCAGCUGCUCCGAUCUCCGGCACCUCUUCUUGCAAGGAAACAGAUUCUCCGGCGAGAUACCGGAGGGUUUAUUCAGUCUCAGUAACCUCGUGAGGCUUAAUCUCGCUGAGAACAGCUUCACCGGAGAAAUCUCCUCAGGUUUCACCAAUCUCACGAGGCUCAAGACUCUGUACCUUGAGGAUAACAAUCUCUCCGGCUCGAUUCCGGACCUAGAUUUACCAUUGGUUCAGUUCAACGUCUCGAAUAACUCGUUGAACGGAUCAAUACCUAAAAAUCUCCAGAGAUUCAAGUCCGAUUCGUUUUUGCAAACUUCUCUCUGCGGCAAGCCGCUCAAAAUCUGCCCUAAUGAAGAAACUGUACCGAGCCAGCCUACUUCCGGUGGAAACAGAACACCGCCAAGUGUUGAGGCGACCAAGGAGGAGAAGAAAAAAAACAAACUUUCCGGCGGAGCUAUAGCCGGAAUUGUGAUCGGAUGCGUGGUUGGUUUCGCUUUGAUAGUUCUGAUAUUGAUGGUGCUCUGCCGGAAAAAGGGCAACGAGAGAUCAAGAGCCGUGGACAUUUCCACAAUCAAACAGCAAGAAACGGAUAUUUCCGGCGAUAAACCGGCUGGGGAAGCGGCGGAGAACGGAAACAGGUACUCGGUGACUGCAGCGGCCGCCGCGGCGAUGACCGGAAACACAAAAUCCGGAGAAGCCAACGGACCCGUGGCGAAAAAGCUUGUGUUUUUUGGCAACGCGACGAAAGUUUUCGAUCUUGAAGACUUGCUUAGAGCUUCAGCGGAGGUUUUGGGGAAAGGAACGUUUGGGACGGCGUAUAAGGCGGUGCUUGACGCUGUGACGGUUGUGGCGGUGAAGAGGCUUAAGGAUGUGAUGAUGCCUGAUAAAGAGUUCAGGGAGAAGAUUGAGUUGGUUGGUGCUAUGGAUCAUGAGAAUUUGGUGCCUUUGAGGGCUUACUACUUCAGUAGAGACGAGAAGCUUCUUGUCUAUGACUUCAUGUCUAUGGGAAGCUUAUCAGCUCUCUUACAUGGAAACAGAGGAGCAGGAAGGACUCCACUAAACUGGGAUGUCCGAUCAAGAAUUGCUCUUGGUGCAGCUCGUGGUUUAGACUACCUUCACUCACAAGGCACUUCGACCUCUCACGGCAACAUCAAAUCCUCAAACAUCCUCUUAACCAAGUCACACGACGCGAAAGUCUCAGACUUUGGCUUAUCUCAGCUGGUGGGAGCUUCUUCAACCACAACCCCGAACCGUGCCACGGGUUACCGUGCGCCAGAAGUAACCGACCCGAAACGCGUGUCGCAGAAGGGUGACGUGUACAGCUAUGGCGUGGUGCUUCUUGAGCUGAUCACCGGUAAAGCUCCGUCGAAUUCUGUGAUGAACGAGGAAGGAGUGGAUUUGGCGAGAUGGGUUAAAUCGGUGGUGAGAGAUGAGUGGAGGAGAGAGGUUUUCGACUCUGAGCUGCUUAGCUUGGCGACGGAGGAUGAAGAGAUGAUGGCGGAGAUGGUGCAGCUAGGGCUUGAGUGUACGUCACAGCAUCCGGACAAGAGGCCGGAGAUGGCGGAAGUGGUUAGAAAGAUUGAGAAUUUGAGACGAUCUGGUCCAGAUCAAGUGGACGAAGCUGAUUGAUUGAGUGAAAAGCUGUUAAUUGUUGGAUUUUUAAUUAUUAAUUUUUUAAGUAAAUGGUUGGGGAAAAAAAAUCAGAAAUGAGUUCUUUAAAAUUUAAAUUUUUUUUUUUAGCCCCACUUAUCAAAAGGAGAGGGGUUUUAGUGGUAAACUCUGCUGGCAUUUGCAGUUGUUUGUGUUUGGGCGUGAGGAUUUGGUGGUGAUUGUAAUUAUUGUUGGUUUCUUAAUCUUUUAAUUUUA